CAAGGAAGGAUCCCGAGGGGCGGUGUGUGUGGUACAAAAGAAGGCAAAGCUAUCGCCCGAGCUUCAUUUGCAACUUCAUCGUUCAUUCCUUCCACACUCCUCUUUUCUAAUCCCCUUUUUCUUCUUCAACCUUCGCCUUUUCGCACGCUAACAGAGGGAAAGUAAAUAAUUACUCAACAUGCCGAAGAACAAGGGAAAGGGAGGAAAGAACAGGAAGAGAGGAAAGAAUGAAGCUGAUGACGAAAAGCGUGAGCUUGUCUUCAAGGAAGAUGGGCAGGAAUAUGCCCAAGUUCUAAGAAUGCUUGGUAAUGGUCGGUGCGAAGCUAUGUGCAUCGACGGGACUAAACGGCUCUGCCAUAUCCGAGGAAAAAUGCACAAGAAAGUUUGGAUUGCGGCAGGAGACAUUAUACUCGUUGGUCUCAGAGACUAUCAGGAUGACAAAGCUGAUGUGAUCCUCAAGUACAUGCCCGAUGAGGCUAGGCUUCUCAAGGCUUAUGGUGAGCUGCCUGAGAAUACCCGUCUUAAUGAGGGCAUUGCUGGGGGUCUUGAGGAUGAAGACGAGGGUGCUGGUGAUGAUUACAUCGAGUUCGAGGAUGAAGAUAUCGACAAGAUAUAGAGAAAAUAAAUUUUCAUUUAUGUUGGGAUUGAAGUUUUAUGCUGGUUUUCAUCAAAACAAACAAGGUGCGGUAAAAUGGCCCUUGAUAGUGUGUUAUAAAGGAGCAUCAUUUAUUUUGGCAUCUCAUAAAAGAAGAUUUGAAUCAUUAGGUUCUGUACAGGCCUUGAUCGAUGUUAACAUCUUUUCUCAACUUAUAUAUGAAUUUCUAUCUGCAAAGUUUGGCUGUUA